UGCCCUCCAAAACAAAUCGAAUCCCCCCUUCGUUCGUCCACGCCGCAAUCCCCCUGGCCGGCCGCACGCGCAGAGGAGUUGGAGGGCGCGGGCAUGGGGAUGGGGGACGUGGUCCAGCAGAGCGGCCACGGAAGAGGCGAGGCGGGGAACGGCGGAGCUAGGGUUUCCGCGGCGGCAGCGGCUGAAGGCGGCGACGUGGGUGGGAGGCCCACUUGCUGCGUCUGCAUGGAACCCUGGACCGACAGCGGUGCCCAUCGCAUCUGUUGCAUUCCCUGCGGGCAUGUAUAUGGUAGGUCAUGCCUGGAGAGUUGGCUUUCUCGUGGCGGAACCACGAGUGCAAAGUGCCCUCAGUGCGCUAAACGAUUUGCACUCGAGCAUAUUAUCAACCUCUAUGCACCAGGAAACCUGUGGGAUCGCCAUAUACAGGCACCGGUGACUAGUGGACCAAGUGGAUCCGAGACUGAUUUGUUGAAACAGGUCCUGGAUAUACUCCAGGAACCUGCGAGCAUUGAGAAAGAGUAUGGGGUGCAUUUCGAUGAAAUAGUCAAGCGGUUUAGACUGCCUGAGAGGAAUAUCUGGGAUGCUCUCAUGCAGCAUGUGGAUAUGGGAAAUAUUUACAAUACAAUUGAUGACUUUCACUUCAUGCCGGCUGUCUUCGAAUGGCAUCCUUCUGUACAACAAUCUUAUUAUCAACAGAGAGUGUUAACAUUGCAGGCACCCGUGACUAGUGGACCAAGUGGAUCCGAGAGUGAUUUAUUGAAACAGGUCCUGGAUAUACUCCAUGAACCUGCGAACAUUGAGAGAGAGCACGGGGUGCAUGUUGAUGAAAUAGUCAAGCGAUUCAGGCUGCCUGAGAGGAAUAUCAGGGAUGCUAUCAUGCAGCUUGUGGAUAUGGGAUGUAUUUACAAUACAAUUGAUGAUUUUCACUUCAAGUCAGCUGGCAUCCCUGAUUUGCAUCCUUCGGUACAGCAAACUUAUUAUCAACAGAGAAUGUCAACAUUUCAGGCACCGGUGACUAGUGGACCAAGUGGAUCCGAGACUGAUUUGUUGAAACAGGUCCUGGAUAUACUCCAGGAACCUGCGAGCAUUGAGAAACAGCACGGGGUUCAUUUUGAUGAAAUAGUCAAGCGGUUCAAACUGCCUGAGAGGAAGAUCAUGGAUGCUCUCAUGUACCAUCUGGAUGCAGGGCAUAUUUACACAACUAUUGAUGAUUAUCACUUCGUACCAGUAAUUUGGGGAUGAAGCUGUAGCAAAAUCAAACAUAUUGUUCUGCAUGGCAGCCUGCUGUACAUACAACCAGAGUGUGUAAUAAUUAUAAUCGCAUGUUUAAGCUAAUAUGUCCUAUACUUAAAUGUUGGUGCAUUGGCAUGGUUUAAAUUUCAUGCCAACUCCAUAAAUUUGCAGCGAUGCUUCAAUUUUUACGCACUCCAUUUAGUUAUGUAUUCUAGAUCAAAUUCUGCCCUCUCGACACAAUGAUGUUGCACUUGGGUGGCUCCAAAAAAAGACAAUUCUAAGCAGAGAAAGAACGUCCGUCCAAAGCCUUACAAA